GGCCACGAGUGCAAAGGAAGACGACAUGGGUACUUCAAGAAUGAAUGUAACGGCUGGUUUUGCGAGUCAAGUUGUCAUUCAUUUCCAAGACCUUGUACUAUGAACUGCACAGGAAUGAAUUGCAAUAGUGAGUGUGUGGGGCCAGAGUGUACUGCCGAGUGUUUUGGAAAAAGCUGCACUACUAAGUGUCACGGACAUGAAUGCAGUUCUACGUGUCUAGAUAAUCCUUGUGAAUCCCAGUGUAUCGGGGACAGCUGCAUUUCCAAGACAAAAGAAAAACCACCCAAGAUGCCAAUGCCACAUGUUAAUCAUCAAGCAUCAGAAUCACAUUGUUUUGGGGCAGACUGCCAAUCUGAGUGUACUGGCCAGUCUUGUAGAGCCAGGUGCAGCGGGAUAAAUUGUACAGUUAAGUGUACAGGACUCUUCUGUGACCAGGAGAUAUUUGAGCACGUGCCACCAGCCGAAUCCAGCUUCAGAGUGAAACUGGCAGAUUUAUGGAAUCAAUUUAAAAGACAUUUGAUAUGAUAACUUGUUUUAUUAAUUAUUUGGAUAAAUAAAUAUAUUGAGUAGUUCA